GUGGUUUUAGAUGACAAAUCUAAUCAAGUAAAAUUCUCUUAAGAAUGUCAAUGAAUGAGAAUGGAUCCAUUGAUCUUCUCCUAGCUCAAACUCAAACCUGGAACCAUAUGUUCAACUUCAUAAGCUCUUCAGCAGCAAAAUGUGCAAUUCAGCUAGGCAUCCCAGAUGUCGUCUACAAACAUGGUAAGCCCAUAUCUCUUUCUGACCUCACUGCUGAACUUUCCCUUAUCGACCGUUCCAAGGUUUCCUUCUUGCCAAUUUUAAUGCGGUUUUUAGUUCAUUCUGGUUUCUUAAACCAACAUGAAAAUGAACAUUACUCUCUUACCCCAGCUAGUCAACUUCUUGUGAAAGAUGACCCCUUGAGUAUGAGGUCAUACUUUUUGAUCAUCCAUGAUCCAGUUCUUUUAAAAGCAUGGUCUUGUUUAAAUGAUUGGUUACAAAAUGAUUCCUCCACUGCUUUUCAUACUGCUCAUGAGAAAUCUUUAUGGGAUUACUAUGUGCAAGAACCAAGAGUAGGUGAUAGUUUCAAUGAGUCAAUGGCUAGUGACUCGAGAUUGAUUGCCAAUGUUCUUAUUACGGAGUGUAAACAUGUUUUUGAGGGAUUAACGUCGUUGGUGGAUGUUGGAGGUGGCACUGGCACUGUGGCCAUUGCUAUAGCCAAAGCUUUUCCUGCCAUAAAAUGCACAGUACUUGAUCUCCCUCGCGUAGUAGGAAACUUCAAGGGAAAUGGGAAUGUGGAGUUUGUCGGAGGAAGCAUGUUUGAGAAAAUUCCUAAUGCUAAUGCAAUCUUAUUCAAGUGGAUUCUGCAUAACUGGAGCGAUGAAGACUGUGUGAAGAUACUGAAGAAAUGCAAAGAUUCUAUUCCGAGUAGGGAAGAAGGAGGGAAGGUGAUAAUCAUAGACAUAGUGCUCGAAAAUCCGAAUACGAGCAAUGAGUUUGUUCGAGCACAGCAUUAUAUGGACAUGUUGAUGAUGGUUUUCUAUGCUGCCAAACAGAGAACUAAAAUGGAAUGGGAAAGGCUCUUCACUGAUGCUGGUUUCAACGAAUACAAAAUAACUCCCACUUUAGGAACAAGGUCUCUUAUUGAAAUAUACCCUUGAAGAAGUUUUAAAUUGAAAUAUACCAUUCAAUUGAAAAACGUUGAGAAAUUCACUACCAUCAGCGCGGUACCUUAAUAUUUUGAGUAGCAUAACUUGAAAUUUUAUUUUAAUUACCACUUCGUUGUUAUUGAUUGCUUCCAAAAUGAAUAUCCAUUUCCCCUUUUGUUAUAGUGCACUGUUGCAUUUCUUAAUAAAAGUUAGAGACCCUCUAGGAGGUUAGAACUUUUAGAAGGAAAAAGAUUGACAAUUUCGUGUUCUAAAACCUGUCCUCAGAAAUCUGCGCCAUGGCCCCCUUUCCAGUUCGAACCCCAAAGGCCUCGUAGAGCAUUACCAUACGAUCGAGCACGACCAACAGAAGGCCUUGGUAUCCGCGACAGGCCGGAUAUCACGUCGUGAAUUUCGGCACGUAUCGGCAGAGAACCGGUGAUUAGUUAAACAAAAGAUUUUUAUCUUUUAUGGAAUUGUACUUAGGGUAAAACUCUCCUACUAUAUAAAGGGGAGUCUGGUUAUUCAUAAAAAUCAAGGCAAUAUACUUUUAUUUUCUGUGCUA